AUGAAGGAGUGAGAAGCUUGGCUGAAUCUCGUGAGACUGCUCGUUGCACUGCUCUUGGAUCCACAUUGAAGUGUAUUUUUAUAUGAAAUCUGACUUUUUACAUCACUACACAACAGCGCAUUUGGAGGAGGGUGAUAUGGAGUCAGUAGUCUCCUGCUCUGCUCCAGCAGAGGAAGUAAAGAGUGUCUUUCUUCCUGUGGGAUGGAAAAGCUACAGGUCACCUGAGGGAAGGAAAUACUAUGUCAACACCAGCACAAAUGAGACAACAUGGGAACGGCCGUGCGAUUCCACCACCACAUUGAGAAGCACCAGUCACAGAAACUCAGUUUAUGGACAUCAUGGUCUUGGAGCCACUGGGAAGGUGCUGGAUCAUCCAGAUGUGUUCAAGACGAAAACCAGCAUGAACAACCAGGUGCAGUCCAUCUAUAUUUACAAUUCAGAUAAGAGUCAGUAUAGUCAGUAG